GAUCGUAGAUCGAGAUUACAUAGAAGCUAACCUGAGCGGUAUUGAACAUCGUUUGGGAGCAUUCCUCACUCCCAGCUCAUCGGACUUCCCUGAGCUGCAAUGAUAUCCAUCGAUUUCAGAUCCAAAACAGCCAUCGUUACCGGCGGUGGACGAGGUAUCGGUCUAGGUAUCACAGAAGCCCUUGCAGGGGCCGGGGCCAAUGUCAUCAUUACAUAUACUUCUACGGAUCCCACAGAGCUCGCUCAAACUCUAGGUGCCAAAUACGGCGUGAAGAUUCAUGUGUAUCGGUGCAGAGCGGAGGACAGUACUCAAGUGAAUGAAAUGGUGGAAAGAAUAAGCAAAGAGAUCGGCGAGGUAGACUUCGUCAUUGCGAAUGCAGGGGUUAGCUUGUGGAGAGAUACGAUCGAUAUGACCGAUGAGGAGCUCGAACAUAUCAUGAAGAUAAAUCUCUUUGCUCCUGUAUAUCUCGCUCGAGCGUUCACCCGACACUGGCUAGGUCUACCAGCGACAGUACAAUCAGAUCACCAAGUAGGGAAGCUCGACACAAUCAAUCUAAAGAAGAAGAUUCUUUUCGUAUCUAGUAUCAGUGGGAUUGUCAAUAUGACACCCCAGCGACAGAUGGCAUACAACGCUUCGAAAGGAGGAUUGACGAUGGCCGCAAGGAGUCUUGCGGGCGAAUGGGCUCGGUAUGGAAUCACAGUCAACACCAUCUCACCAGGAUACGUAUCGACAGAUAUGAUCGCCAAUCCGCCUUCAGGCGAAGCUUCAGCCUGGGUUCAAACGUGGAAGUCCAUGACACCAGUGGACAGAUUCGCCAAAGCUUCUGAGGAGGGGCAAAUGGUAGCUUUGAUGAUGUCGGAUCACGCAUCAACCUUUAUGACUGGUCAUGAUCUGGUAAUGGAUGGGGGUUACACCACAUAUUGAGGG